GGCCAAUCGCGUGCCAGCGCGUGAGCCGGCCGGAGCCCCGCGGGCCGGCGCCGUCGAGUCGGCGCGGGGCUGCGGGCUCGGGGCGCGCGGCUCCGCCAUGGCCUCGGGGAGGCCGCCCGCGGUCGUCACCUGCACGGCGCCGGUCAACAUCGCGGUCAUCAAGUACUGGGGGAAACGAGAUGAGGAGCUGAUUCUGCCCAUCAACUCUUCUCUGAGUGUCACUUUGAGCCAGGACCAGUUAAAAACCACCACCACGGCGGCCAUCAGCAAGGACUUCGCGGAGGACCGGCUCUGGCUGAACGGCCGGGAGGAGGACGCGGGGCAGCCGCGCCUCCAGGCCUGCCUGAGGGAGAUCCGCCGCCUGGCCCGGAAGCGGAGGGGGGCCGGAGACGGAGACUCGCCGCCCCUCAGCCUCAGCUACAAAGUGCACGUGGCCUCGGUGAACAACUUCCCUACCGCCGCGGGCCUCGCCUCCUCCGCCGCCGGCUACGCCUGCCUAGCCUAUGCCUUGGCCCGAGUCUACGGGGUGGAGGGCGACCUCUCCGAGGUGGCGCGCCGGGGCUCGGGCAGUGCCUGCCGGAGCCUGUACGGGGGCUUCGUGGAGUGGCAGAUGGGGGAGCAGGAGGACGGCAAGGACAGCAUCGCCCGGCAGCUGGCCCCUGAGGGCCACUGGCCCCAACUCCGAGUCCUUGUCCUCGUGGUGAGUGCCGAGAAGAAGCUGAUGGGCAGCACAGCGGGCAUGCAGACCAGCGUGGAGACCAGUGCCCUGCUCAAGUUCCGGGCCGAGUCGGUGGUCCCGGCACGCAUGACGGAGAUGGCCCGCUGCAUCCAGGACCGCGACUUCCAGGGCUUCGCCCAGCUGACCAUGAAGGACAGCAACCAGUUCCACGCCACCUGCCUGGACACCUUCCCACCCAUAUCCUACCUCAGCGACACCUCCCGGCGCGUUAUCCAGCUGGUGCACCGCUUCAACGCCUACCACGGGCAGACCAAGGUGGCGUACACGUUUGACGCGGGCCCCAACGCGGUGAUCUUCACCCUGGAUGACACCGUGGCUGUUGUGGCGGCUGUGAAGCACAGCUUUCCCCCCGCCGCCAACGGAGACAAGUUCCUGAAGGGCUUGCCGGUAGCGCCCGCCCCUCUCCCUGAGGGGCUGCAAGCGGCGCUGGCUGGGGACCCCGCCCCUGGGGCUGUGCAGUACAUCAUCGUCACCCAGGUGGGGCCGGGUCCUCAAGUCCUCGAUGACCCCCAUGCUCACCUCUUGGGCGCCGAUGGCCUCCCAAAGCAGGCCUCUUAACCAGCUCCACGUCGGUCUUCCCACCCUGCCUGGGGACCCGUGGGGGCACCUGGCCCCUCCUGGCCCUGGGACCGGCCUGGUGGCACCCUGGGGCCCAGGCACAGUGGGGAAGUGGAGUGGCCUCCCGCAGCCACCCAGGAAGCCUCCGUGAUGGGAAUUGGGCCCAGACGGCUGGUAAGGGGUGCCAGCCGCCUACUCCACCCUUGCCGUGUUCCCCCGCAAGCUUCCCGGAGCCCCUGUCCCCUGAGGGGCGCGUACGAUGCGAGCAGAGCCGCCCAGGGCCUCAGGAACCGGCCCCGAGCCUGGAGGACGGGGGCUGGGCGAGCGUGGUGAUUGGAUGUUCCUCUGGCUGUGAGGGGCGGUGCCUGGAGUGGGAGCAGGGGGCCUUGGUGGCCCCCAGGAAUAAACCGAUGCCACCCUU